AUGGUUGGUCAAACUGUCAUGUGCCGUGUGUCACAUGACCUUUUCUCUAAAAUUCUGGCUGCCUACAUAAUAAAAGUUGACAUCGGACAGUUCAAAGAGAUCUUGGAUGCGGUCCGAAAUAUGUUCAAGGAUGGUGACGAUAAUCUGAUUUGCCAGCUGGAGACUACGAAACCAACUGUCGAAAAUGUCACUCCCUUUUCGGAGUACGAGCAAACGCAUCCCAGACUAAAAUGCUUCUCUAGAGACCAACAGAACGAGCUGCCUAUCUUGUAUGGAGGUGGCCGUGAAUUUUUGAUAGGAGCUAUUUCGUGGCCAGGCGAAAAUUUGAACCUGGACUGUGUGGAAGUAGCAGAUUUUUUCGUCCUUAACACCUAUAUGGUGAUUUGGAUUAACGCUCACGACACAGGCUUGCAAAUACCUUACCAAAAGGUGGUAUACCACGGCGUGCGUAUAAUCGACAAGGCCAAAGGGGGCGUAGAGAAAGGCCAUCAGCUGGAAAUCGUCCUGACACUACAGCGGGAUGCAACACUAGACCAGAUUUUUCCUCCAACGGGUGCGACAGAUGCAACGGCUACGAUGCCCACGGUGGAUCUGGUGCUGCGGCCACGGUACGCCGAUUCCGACCGGGUAUACAACAACCAGUUGGAGACUCUGUUUACGUUCAGCGACUUUGGGCUGAACAGAGGUGAUUCGCUGGUGCGAAACUGCAAUGAGGCCAUUGCUCGGUGCAUGGAUUUUUACUACGUAGAGGACGACGACAGCGAGGAGGAUGGCGAUGUAGGGAACGAGUGUAUGGGCGGCGCAGGAUUCACGGGCUUAGGUGAGUUUUUGCAAGAGCAGACACCCGUUUACCGCAAUGCGGGUGCAGCAGAUGACUUGGCGGACGGGCUCGGAUCUUGGCAAGACGUCGGCAAUGGUGCCGAAAUAGACGCUGGCAUGUCGAUGGAGUUUUUCGGCGGCGAUCAGGUGGCCGGACGCAAGAAAGUCUUAGACCACUGGGACCGAGACCUACACAAGAGAUUCAAGAGCUGA